UUUUUUUGAAUUUGAAUUUGCAAAAAUGUUCAAUUCAAAUAUACCGUCAGCUGCUUUGCUUAGCAUCGAGUCCAGCGGCCUUGGCCUUGGUGCACAUACACCAAAAACUCCAGAAAUUCUCAAUUCAUUGAUUGCCAUGACAAAUCCAUUGGAUAAUUUCAACUUUAAUCUUAAUAACAUUAACAACAACAACAACAACAACAAUAAUAUAAAUAAUAAUAACAUUAAUAACAACAACAACAAUUCAUCAGUGACUAGCAGCAAUGCAUCCACACCAAUUGUCAGUGUCAGAAAUUUCAAUGGCAAUCAAAAUGGACAGUCCUAUUCACAGGAUAGCAGUCAUUCCAGUUGCUCUGCCUCACCAUUGGAUUCACCGGCAGGCGGUACAGCUACCACGCCCAGUGUGCAACAGACCUGUUCGCAAUUGAUCAAAGCUGGCCUCAAGCUGUCCAUACAAAGUAAACGCAAGUUAUCCACCUGCGAUUCGAGUUCUGGCUCCGAGCAACCGAAUUCAAAAUGUUCACGCCGUGACGAGGAUUGCGAAGAAUCGAGCGAUGAGGACGAUAGUGAAACCAAAUCGCAACCGAACAAAGGACUGACGCCCGAGGACGAGGACCGACGACGUCGGCGACGUGAACGCAAUAAAAUUGCUGCCACCAAAUGCCGCAUGAAGAAACGUGAACGUACACAGAAUUUGAUCAAAGAAUCGGAAGUGCUGGAUACACAGAAUAUUGAAUUGAAGAGUCAAGUGCGUUUAUUGGAAACGGAAAGGCAAAAACUAUUGGAAAUGCUGCAAACUCAUAAUCAAUCAUCGAGCUGUUUGCGUGUUGGUGGCUGUCAAUUGCCAUCGAAAUUGCUGCAAUCGCCGGCCAUGAAAUAUUUAUCCGAAUUGGAAUUGGAUAAGCCGAGUGGUGAGAAUGCUACAAAUGGUAAUGGCGGUGGUGGUGGUGCUAAUGGUAAUGGUCAACGUAUGUCUAUACCAUCGAUGGCAACAUUUAAAUUUGGUACCAAGACAGCAGCCAUUGCAGCGGCAGCCUCACAGCAGCAGCAACAGCAACAAUUGCCCAAUGGUUAUUGCAAACCUUCGCCCAGUCCUCAGGAAUUUGAACAUGCUGGCUAUUUAAGUUCACCAGCUGGUAGUCAGGAGACAUUAACGAUGCAACAAACCCUACAACCCGCAAAUAAUAUUAAUAGUAAUCCCAAUAGCAAUGCCAGCAAUAUGUCCGAGCAGCAGCAGCAGCAGCAACAACAAGUCUCUGAUUAUGUGCCCAAUUGUGAUGGACUUUUGGGUUUAUCAAAUGUAACAAUAGUAACAACAACGCCCACAACCACCGCCCUAAAUAACAACAACAAUACCACCAGCAAUAUCAACAACAGUAGCAGCAACAGCAGCAGCAACAGCAGCAACGGCAGCAGCAACAUCACCACCACCAACAGCAGCAGCAGCAGCAGCAACAAUAACACCAGCAACAGCAUUAGCAGCACGAACAGCAGCAACACCAGCAACUCAAGCACAACAAGUGCAAUUGAGUUUGUUAAGAACGAGUUGGUCGACUCACAGAGUCCCUAUACCACAGCCCUGAGUGCCGAACGUUUCUUGUUUGAGCCAAGUGAUGGCUUUCCCGAUAUUAAACACGCUGUCAGUGUCCAUCCGAGCAGCAUUAUCAACAACAACAUCAAUAUGGCCAGCGUGGUGCAAAGUUCAAAUAAUAAUAGUCAUCAUUUAAUGGACUUUCAUAAUAAUCUACAUCACAAUAAUAUCGUUAAUGAGGGUGUUGGCGGUGUCGGUGGUGUCGGUGGGGUUGGAGUUGGUGGUGUUGGUGUUGGUGUCGGUGUUGGUGUGGGCAUUGGUGUAAUGACACCAUGUUACGAUGAGGAGCAACAAUUGCUAAUGAUGAAGAAUAAUUGCUAUGCAAAUGAUUUACUUGCCCAAUUGACGGGCGAUGGUACCGAAUUUGUUGAUCUGGAUACUGGGGCAGCGGCAUUUAUGCCCAAUGGCAGUUGUUUGGCGUGAGGAAGGGCCCCACAGCGGGCGGCAGGUGAACAGGAACUAACUAUGAUAACUUUUGAUCAACGGCAACAGCAGCAGCAGCAACAAGAGGAGGAGCAGCAGCAGCAGCAGCAACAACACCACGAAGAGGAGCAUGAGGAGGAGCAACAACAACAACAACAGCAACAACAGGAACAUUUGGAUCACCAAAUGGCCGAUGUAGAGGAUAUAGAUUCAGUAUGGACCAAUGUGGAUUACUGGUGCUAGAAUUAAAUUGCAUAACAAAAACAUCAAAUUCAAAUCAAGCCGAAAGAGAAAGUCUUUAUAUAUAUAUAAAUAUAUAAAUACUACCUUUAUAUACCUAUUAAUUAAACAAAAACUCAUCUAAGCCGCUUUAGCUAAGUGUUGUUCCAAAAAAACAAAAACAAAACCCUCUUAAAAGAAAAACAAGCAAA